AUGCAUGCCUCUCCUCCAUGCCCUGGGUGGCCAAAAGGCCGACAAGAUGUUGCUAUUCUCAACAUCGAUAGCGCGUAUGAUUGGCCUAAGUCAGGGUUAACAGGUCAUGCUGUCUGUGAAUUGCAGCUCAUCAUGCGCCCAAUACCUCGACGGGGCUCACCUAUCACAUGGCGUGAUCAAUAUCUUUGUUAUGUGUGCAGCUUUAAGAUUGGUGUGAUUGAUUCUGUCACCGAGAUGCACACAUUGGCAUGGGCAAAACAUGCCAAUGGUACUCUAGUGGGAGAUAUCGUUCCUCUGAUGCAACUUCGAGCAUUCAUCAACAUCAUCCCAAAACUGGGUGCUGCAGCGGAUCCUCGGUUGACUAAGUCUACUUCUGCGCAUUAUCAUUCUUCAUUUUACUUGAAUAAGUACUUUGAUAAGCAAAUUUAUGAUACCCUGUACUAUGCGUCGCAAGGAUAG